AGAUUGUGCAAUAGAAAACUGCCUGUAGAUGAGGGUGGAACUUUGAGCCACCUCCCUCUUCUUCUCUUGCCUUUCAGAGCCACAUAUUUUCGUAUUCCUACUCUUAAACAAGCUCCACACACCUCUCCUAGGUAGCCAUUGCCUGGUCAAACCUGUGGAUUAGGUAGCCCCCUCCUGUAUGAGAAGGAAGAGGGGAAGGAAUUGCAGUCCCCACACCCCACCCUCUACACAUUCCCUUGCUGGAACAGUACAACAGACAGAACAGGAAGAGAUACAACAUUCAGGUACAUUAUUAUGGAUAUUCUCUGCUUGACCAUCUGUUCCUCACUGAGGUGAAGUUCAAUACAUUAUCCACAUGUGUUCUGGAUUCUUCCCAGUAAUGCUCACCUUCUCGGGUUUCUUUUUGUCCCUCCUUAUUUUAUCGGGCAGUCUGGAACCUCCCUUACAAUGCCCUGAAUUUGCCCGUGGUUGGACUCUGGACCCUGACGUGGAGUAUUUGCUCCCCAACUUCACAGCCCCUAGUUCUAUCCAGAGAAUUGUUGCAAAAGAUGACAAUGAGCCAUUGCUUUUCCUGACCACCACCAAUCGCUUAUAUGUUCUCAAUGGCUUGGACUUUCAACUUCUACAGACCAUCAUCACUGGACCCACAAACAGUCCUGAAUGUGAGAUAUGCUCACAGUGCAAUAUGGGUGAUGAUCUUCCUCUUCAGCCUGAGGACACUGAAAGCAAAAUCCUAGUAAUGGACCCAAUAUACGAUUAUUUGUAUAGCUGUGGGUCUUCUUUACAUGGACUCUGUUUUAUGCAUGAGUUUUCAGGUUCUAAGAUCUUCAGACAUCAAUGUCUCUUUAGGAGCCAAGACAACUCUCCAGCUUCAUGUCGGGACUGUAUUGCCAGCCCCAUGGGGACACUGCUCACGGUGGUAGCACGAAGAGCAGAUGUUUAUUUUUAUCUUGCUUCCUCUAUAAAUUCCACCAUUGCUGAGAGUUAUAGUCCUGACUCUGUGUCUAUACGAAGGCUUCUCUCUUCAGAAGAUGGUUUUGCAGGCAACAUCCAUAAACUGACUGUGGAACCACAAUUGAGAAACUCUUAUCCCAUCCAUUAUGUAUACACGUUCGAGAAUGGUGGGUUUGUAUAUUUUCUCACAGUGCAACCCGAGAGUCUUGGAUCCUCAGUUUAUCACACUAGAGUGGUGCGCCUCAGUGCAGAGGAGGAGGAGAUGAAAAGUUACCGAGAGCUGGUUCUAGAAUGUCGACAUGAGCAGAAGCGCAGACGGAGAAGAUCAGAGCCUGAAGUCUUUAAUGUUGUACAGGCUGCUCAUUUGGUCACGGUUGGAGACACACUAGCUCCACAACUCGGAGUAAAAAGUGAUGACCCUGUCCUCUUUGCCGCCUUUGCACAAAGUGAACCACAGAGUGAAAAACCAAGUAAAAAAUCUGCACUCUGUGCUUUCGCUCUCCAGUACAUUGACUCUUCUAUUGAUGAUGGAAUGAAAAAAUGCUGCGAAUUUAAAUCAAAGCCUGAUGGCCUCAAGAGAGAUCUACAGUUCUACCAACCUGAUAUGUACUGUCCGCAAAAUGUAAACUUAUCUGACCCAGUUCCAGAUUUGAAGUGUUGGCAUGUCCCCACACUGUUAUCUCCAUCCUUAAAACGUAUUGAUUUAUUUUAUGGGAAGCUGAGUGGGGUCCUUAUUACAUCUGUGUAUGUCACAAAGCACGAAAAUCUUACUAUCGGGCACCUAGGGUCAUCUGAUGGAAGAGUGACACAGGUUAUCCUGCUGCGCAACACUGAGCCACUUACACUGUCCAAUUUUUCCCUAAGUGACAGUCAUCCUGUGUCACGUGAGGUCACUCUCAUUGGGGACAACUUGAUUUUUGUCACUGGGAAUAAAGCAACACAGGUCAAAGUCACUGGUCCUGGGUGUCGCCAUCUUCUAAUCUGCAGCCGCUGUCUGCGUGCUUCCCGCUACAUGGACUGUGGCUGGUGUGAAAAUGGCUGCUCCAGAAAAGAAGAAUGUCAAGGGGUGUGGAACCAGCAAACUUGUGCUCCUACUAUCACGGAGUUUUUUCCAAAAAGUGCACCCUUGCGUGGUAAUACCGACAUUACCAUAUGUGGAAGAGAUUUUCAGGCUCAUAGCGUGUACCAGGGCCCUGCUAACGCCCCAAUUAGCAACAACACCCACAGAGUGACCAUGGGUCCUCGACAAUGUCUUGUUGUCCCAGAAAAGUGCAACAACAAAAGGCUGGUUUGUACAUUGCAGUCGCAGGGACCUCCAGAUGCCUUGUCUGCUGCAGAGAUCCUUCUAACGAUUUCUGAAAAGGUGCCACAAAACUCCUACUACAUACGCGGUAGUGUGUCAGUCAGCGGCUUCACUUUUGUGAAACCAGUUAUUACAUCUGUUUCCCCAUCGUAUGGACCACUGGUUGGAGGCUCCAGUCUUAUCCUGAAAGGAAUAAAUUUGACAGCUGGAGAAUCCCAAAGGGUGUUAAUUGGCCAAACAGAGUGUACGAUGAUUGAUGGAUCUUCUUGCCCUUUCGAAAGUUUAUGCUGCGUGACUCCACAAGCUGAUACUGUUGGGCCUGCAAAUAUCGCUGUUUUGUUGGACAACGAUGAGAUUGACUCAUCAGAACCAUUCCAUUAUAAACCUAAUCCAUAUGUGCAACGGAUCACCCCAAACUGUAGUUUGGCUCGGGGUACCAAAUUUACUAUCCACGGUACGAAUCUGGAUUCAGUCUCCAGCAUCACUGUUGCAUUUGCUAAUUUGAGACAGGUCUGUGAAGGCAGCUUCACUUCACAAAUUGCUGUGUGUAGUACCCCUGCCUACAAUUCUGCUAUGAAUACCCCAGUCUACCGUGAGAAUCUAAGCUUGAUAUUGGAUGGCAUUACGUAUACAUUUCCUCAAUUCCAAUACCUGCUGAUCUACAGCAUCGAUCGAUUGGAACAAGAUGGUGGGGCUUACCAGCUUAAAAAGGGUGACCGUAAAAUAGAGGCACAACACCAUUACCUGGAUCUUCUGGACAACUGCCUUAAUGUCUCCAUGACCAUUAAUGGCAGAGAAUGCUAUCCUAAAAUUACGAAGAAGGAUAUCACCUGUCAAAUUCCUAAAGACAUGGUUCUCCCUUCGGAAGGGGCUACAGUGAAGGUUUGCGUUGAUGAGUAUUGUACCACAUUGGGCCAAGUGGUAAUUGUCAAUUAUUUGGAUCCGGCUUUGGGGAUUGUUCUUGGCAGUGUGGCUGCAAUUCUGGUUACCUUAACCCUCAUUUUCCUGCUCCUGAAACAGAAGAAUAAGAAUAAGAAGAAAAAAAAGCUGGCUGUGGAGAACUUGGAGUUACUAGUCAAUAAUAAUCGAAACACUGUAUUGAGCCCGAUCAGCAACACACAUGGAGACUACCGGGUAUCCUAUAUCCCCAGUAGUAGCUCUGGAGGCAUGACGUUCCACAUUGGUGGAGGUUAUUCAGGAGGAAGUGUUGGGGCUAGUUCCAUGCCUCUCCUCAUCACCAACUUUUUUGACCAUUUAAGUCCAGAGGUUCUGGAGGAAGUGAAGGAUGUUUUGAUUCCUGAGUCUCAUUUGACUACCCAUCGUGAUCGUAUUAUUGGAAAAGGUCACUUUGGGAGUGUUUAUCAUGGAACCUACCUGGAUGAGGAACAGCAAGAAGUUCACUGCGCUGUCAAGUCUCUUAACAGGAUCACUGAUGUAUAUGAAGUGGAAGAGUUUCUCAGAGAGGGAAUUAUAAUGAAGGGCUUCCACCACCCACAUGUAUUGUCGCUUAUUGGCAUUUUCCUUCCUCGCGAUGGUCUUCCACUGGUAGUUCUUCCAUAUAUGACACACGGAGACUUAAGACACUUCAUUCGUAGUGAGGAGAGGAAUCCUACAGUGAAAGACCUGGUCGGCUUUGGGCUUCAGGUUUCCCGGGGAAUGGAAUACCUGGCAAACAUGAAAUUUGUGCACAGAGACCUAGCAGCUCGAAAUUGCAUGUUGGAUGAGGCCUUUAGGGUGAAGGUGGCAGACUUUGGGCUGGCAAGGGAUGUUUUUGACAAGGAAUAUUACAGUGUGAGACGCCACAAGAAUGCACGACUGCCGGUGAAGUGGAUGGCCCUGGAGAGCCUGCAGACACAGAAAUUCACUACCAAAAGUGAUGUGUGGUCAUUCGGGGUGCUGUUUUGGGAACUUAUGACGCGUGGAGCGCCACCAUAUCCAGAUGUGGACCCUUAUGACAUCACUCGUUACCUGUUCAGAGGAAGGCGUCUUCCACAACCUGAAUAUUGUCCUGACCCACUAUACACACUCAUGUUGCAAUGCUGGAGUGCACAUCCUGAGGAACGACCAACAUUCACUCAGCUCAUCAGUGAAAUAGAGGUGAUCUCCAAUUCUCUGCAAGGGGAUCACUACAUUAAUCUCAAUGUCACCUACGUUAAUCUGGAUCGGGACCAGCUCUUUCCACCUCCACCACCAGGCUCUGAGGAUGAGUUAGGGGAUGAUGACACAGAAACUGAUGAACAAGAGGACUUAGAUGAAAAGUAAUGAACAUUGUUUUACACCACUGGAGCUGCUAAUAUCUUCUGAAAUGCUGGAGAUGGGAGGAAAUCGUGACAACUACUAUAAGUAGUCUUGACUGUCCACUGGUCAUUUAUGCAUAAUAUGUAUAGAGCUUUCUGGGAAUACAAGGAGUCCACCUUAAUAAUUUCAUAGUUUCCAUAUUUCACGGACCCCAUAUUAAAGGCGGUAAGAACCUUUUAGCCUAAAAACAUAUAUGCACCAUCACUUCUUUAAAUGAUUGGUGGUUCUCCUGCUGCACUGAGAUCCACCAUUAAAAAGAUGGUACUUUAAUUGAUUGUUCUCUGUCCUGUACGUGCAUAUGACCUUCAAGUGCACAUAUAUGGUCCUGUUUUUAUGUUCUAGACCAGAAAUCUCAAACCAGAUCUCAUAUCCAGGAUUUUUUUAUAACCACACUGAGAAAAAAUGGGUAUUAACAAGCCUUCUGGCAAAGCUGGGGGUCAUCACCACCAGAGAUCAUCAAUAUAGUCAUGUAUUCCAAUAUAAUUUCUACUUCCAAUGACUUCUAAUCCUGAUUAAUACUAAUGUAAUGUUUUACCCUAAAUUACGGCCCUCGUAUUGAACCGGAAUAAUCAUCUUUUAUUUUUUGGUGUGGCUGACAAUCUCUUCAUGAAUUGUCCUGUUUUGCUACAGCAAGAUGCAGAACUAGUCAACUAGACCAAAGCUAAUAUUUGAAAACUAUGUUUUGAGAAAAAUAGCUCCUGAACGCCAACAAUAAAAUUAAAGAUGUUCCCCUUCAGUAAGGACAGUUGCAUGCACAAAUUUCUCAUAUAGCAGCAAGGAAACUGAUAAAUAUUUAAGACUUUACUUUCUACCCACCAAUGGGGCAAUGGGUCACGGGAGAGAUCAUUACAUGCAUAUUGACAACACAUUCAGGGUUAUUUAUUAAUCACCAAAAUUAAAUCUGAAUGUCAAAAUCCAGGUUAAAAUAGCUGAUUUGGUGAAAGUUUUACUGCUAUUUUAGCUUCCGUUACCAAAAAUGUUUGGUGAGCAUCCCUGUUAUGUUUGGAAGACCAUGAGAACCUUAUUUGCAACGAAAUGUAUUUGUACCGUGGGACAGUAAUAAUACUUUAACAAGGGAGAAAUGGUUUGGGGUUGCAGUAAGAACACUCUGGGACAAUGGUUAUACUUGAAUUGGACAUGACUGUGUAGUGUGUGUGUGUGUGCGUUUAUGUAUAAGAUAUACUUUCUAAAAUAAUAUUUUUUUAUGGAGAUGUCAUUUAUAAAUCCUUUGUAAAACUGAUACAAUACUCCCUGCACUCGUGUUGAGGAGCAGGGAACUGGAGUGUAAAUAAAUACGAUUUUUCUUUUUA